AUGACCGAAAACGCCGUCACCCGCUUUUGCCUUAAGGUCGUCUCCUCGUCGGGCACCGAGCUCUACCGCGGAUGCAAGGACCGCUUCCCAACUGACAUCCCUACUUACCUUUCCGGCGUUGUCAACCGCUUACACGAACUGAACCUCGAAUACGAGUCAUCCGUCGAGAACGGAGACAUCCAGCAAUACCUCGUCGCAGUAUCUGAAGGCAGCGAGGCCCCCACUUCUCAACAGUGCCGCUACGUCGUCUCGGGAAGCUGGAGCUCAUUCGAUAAACAUGAAAAGGGGCGCCGAACUGCCCAGCAAGCAACCGUCGGGGCGACUUCAUAUUAG